GAAUAGAUAUGCCGUGUCCUUCUAUUUUAAUUUUUAAAUAUCAUUAGUUCAAGAAGUCCUUUUUGUGAUAGACAGGGAAAAUCUCAGGCGAUAGCUUCUUGAAAAGCUUCUUCGAGUGGGAGGCUGUGAGAUAUGAGGUGGACAGCCUCUGCAAGGAGGAGCCCUUCACCUGUCGAGCAUGCAGCCCGGAUAUGCUUGCGGUUUCUGUGGAUGGAAACCGCAAGCAUUACCGCUUCAAAAACGCAGCAAGAUCUGAGGAGCAGGCCAUUUUCAAUGACGUCUUCAUAGCAAAGGAUGAAGACGUCACACGAUUUGUCAACCAUGUUCACAGCACAACAAAACAUGUCUCCGGAAGAGGUGUUUGUGGCGGGGAAUGGUCGGCGGCUCGAGAGACGUCCCAAAAAUCAGCCAGCAAACUGGACGAGGAGGGACUGGAGCUGGCUGUUUGUCGUCAUGGAGUCCUCCUCUGUGCCCUCAACAUGUACAGGGGAGAAAUCUUUGCCUAUCCCCUUUUUCUCCAGGAAAAGCUGGCCAGUAGUAGUCCUACAUUCUUUUGCAUGGAUGUAGCCUGCAAGUACUGGCCAUACCUGCAGAAAAUCAUCAAAAGCUGCCCCGAGUUUCAACAUCUGCUGGAAAUGAAGCCCUUCCUCUCGGUGUUUCAUGCAAAAGCCCAUGAUUUUAAAUGUGAAAUCAAAUGGAGUGGAGCAUUCCUGGAGGGGGCUGGGUUAACACUUGGGGAGGAGGUGGAACAAGUGAAUGCCUUCGUCUCUAGGAUAGCAGUUACGACAAAGCACAUGUCAAAAGCAGGGCGUAACGACAUGUUGACACUCAUGGCCAUGCGGUGGAAUGAGCAGAAGAUGAAGAACUUGGCCACCUACCUGUCCCACAGAUAUUUAAAAGUAUGUAUAUAUUUUUUAAGCUAUUUUUGGUAG